AUGCUGUUUUUUGUUGCAUCAAUUGUUUUAAAUUUGUUGUUAGCCGCCCUGAGCCGUUUUCUGAACUGGGAAGGGCGGGGUAUAAAUAAAAAUUUAUUAUUAUUAUUUGAAAAUAUAGACCUAGGAAUGAAGGCAAGAAGCAUGAAAAAUAAGGUUGCAAAUGAUAACGUUUUCAUUCACUUCCUGGCUUUUAAGAGGUUAUCUUUAGAUGCAUUUACAGGAGAAACCCUGAAUGUCUCUUUAAAGGUUAUAAAAGUUUUCCAAUGCAAAAGCAGCUACAUUUUAAGAACUGUUAAGAGCAAAAGAAGUGACGUAAAAGCCACUGCUUCAAAACUUCUUACUCCCAGAUCAAAGGAUCCCACUCCCUGCAUUCUCACCAUGAUCUGUCUGCAAUAUGAGAACAUUACUUCUAACCUACCUUUCACGGUGGGUUCAAAUGCUAGCAAAAUAUGUGAAUUGAUGCAACUUUCCCCUCCCUGUGCACUUGAAGCCCUCCAGCAAAAAUGCCCCCACAUAUUUUGGCUUGAAAAAAGCAUCCUGCUGGCUCCCAUACGAUUUUUUUCCCCAAACCUCACUGUGGCAGGUUUGAUUAAGAACAGGUGUGUUUUGUGGCCUUUGACUUUUAUUGCUUAUGACUUUUGUUAUAUUUUGUAA